CCCUGCUGAUGUAUUUUAUUUUAGAUCUACUACCAGGCAAAAAUCCCCCUUCUCCUUCCUCGCUCGAUCCCCAAAUCCCCAAAUCAAAUUGCUGCCUCCACCCUAACCCUAACCCUAGCCGCGCCGCCACCGUCGAUCCGAUCCCCAAAUCCCCCUUCUCCUUCCUCCCUCCCUCCACCAAACCCUAACCCCUAGCCGCCAUGGCCCCCCCGAUGGUUCUGCUCAAGCGCCAUGUUGAUUUCUCCCACGACGUGGUUGCAGUGCCAAUCCCCUCCCCCUGCCCAUGGGGAGCAAGCAACAAAGAGACGAGUGAUGCAGUCAUCGAGUACCUGCGCGCCCUCAAGGCCCGCGCAGUCGUCGCCUCUCCGCCGCAACUCUCCUCCCUCCGCAUACUACCGCCGCCGAAUUCCGCCCCGCUCCUAGGCCUGCGCUCGAGCCACAUCUCCAGCGCGGAAAAGAACAUGGUCGCCCUCUACGCCGGAGGGUACCGCCCUGGUGCCGAAACGUUUGCGGAGAUGGGAGCCUAUCUCAUCUAUGACGCCAGGGAUGGCUCCCUCUCCGUCAUCCCCCCUAUCCCCUCCCACGACGAGUAUAUGGCCAUGGGGCACCAGUCGGCCGUCGUCAUGUGCGACGCCACCGGGGGUGGCUACCUUCUUGCCGAGCUCGUCUGGGUCAUGCCAGGCUUCUCCCGAGCCGCCGUCUGGCUGUGGGAGUCGUCUGCCAAAGAAUGGGUCUUGAAGCCCGGCUGCCUGCCCCUUCCACCCAACAUAGCCAUGUAUUCCUCCAUUCACUCGUGCUUCUCUUAUCGGGGCUCUACCUUCUGCUGGGUGGAUCUCCACCAAGGCAUGGUGCUCUGUGAUCUGCACCAAGGCUGCAAGUUGAGCUUCAUUGAGUUGCCCCAAGGACGUCCAAACUAUGAUGCCUCCGACUAUCCAGGCGGCCUCUGUGCUGAGGAGUUCCGUUCCGUGGCCUGUGUUCGUGGCUCCAUCAAGUUCCUUGCCUUCAAUAAAUUUGUUGAACGCAAGCCCGGCGAAGAAUAUGGACUGACCGUCUGGACUCUCUACCCUGACCACCCAGGGUGGAGCAUAAGCUACCAGUGCAGCAUCCAAGACAUCUGGGCAAACACCAACUACCAGUCUGCUGGUUUGAGAUAGCUUGCUCCGUCGUUCCCUGUCCUGAGCAUCCAUCAAGACGGCGUCGUCUACCUAGUCGUAAACGAUACCAGUGUGGUGGGGAAGGACCGUCGACUAGUGCACAAGGCCCAGUAUUUGCUUCGUGUCGACAUGGGGAAUAACAACGAUGUCCAGGUCUAUCAACAGAAGACGACGCAUAUUUAUUCCCAGCUCUUUGCAAGUGAGUUCAGUGCGCACCGACGACAGGAUCACCCGAGAGAGAUAGAAGCAGCAAGCGAGUUUGGCGCAAGUGGAAAGAAGACGAAGGCCUGAGAUGUUGCAACACAUCAAGUGGAAAUUUGGACCGCAUCAUUAUCACUUUAUGUUGUGUGGGUCCACUGGAGGCAUUUGAUGUGGUCAUUAUCAACUGUUUUUAUUUAUUAAACUGGAUUUUGGGUAGAAUGCAUUAUGUAUGAGUCAUGGCUCUAUGUCUAGUGUAUGUCUAGUGAGUGGCUUCUU